UAGAUAAAUAAAAAUGCUCGAAUUUUGAAAAAAACGGAAGCAGAGUUUCAAUUUUCAAACGAAAACCUUCGAAUGAAAACCUUCUCUUCGUAGCUGUGGAGCUCCCGAUAGAAGUUUGCCCUAGAAAAAGCUCUUCUUCUUUCACGCCCACCACACAUGAAAGACUCGAAUUGUUCAAGCUAGAAACGAAAGAUGAUCGUUCGAACUUACGCUCGUCGGAAUCGUUGCGUUAGCCGAAACUUCUCCGACUCGAGCUUCAAUGGCGGCGUCGAUGAUAGCUACGAGGAGUCUCUGCCCGAAGAAAGUUCACAAGAAAUCUAUAGCGUUGCCUUCUCGUCCCAAGAUUCGUCUCCUUGGUCCUUUGAUACGGACUUGUAUGGUUUAAAUUCAUCUCAAGGUUCGUUGUCCGCUCUUCCACCUCGAGCACCGGGGCCUGAUUUUGGGUCACACGGGGACGGCGUAGCUCGCAAGCUCAAGAAGCCUAGAGUUAUAUCUCGCGAAUCAGGAGAAAUUAAGAAUCAUAAAUCUUUGAUUUCUAAGGGGGUUCGGUCACUUCCUGCUCCGGCUACGUCGACCUUGAUGGAAGCUCAGGAAUUUGGGGAGAUGAUGGAGCACGUGGACGAGGUGAAUUUUGCUUUGGAUGGGCUCCGGAGGGGCCAGCCAUCUCGGAUCCGACGGGCGAGCCUGCUGUCUCUGUUAUCAAUCUGCGCCACUGCACAACAACGUCGGCUUCUAAGAACUCAGGGGAUGGCCAAGACAAUAGUUGAUUCUAUUAUGGGUCUCAGCUUUGAUGAUUCUCCAAGCACUCUGGCUGCUGCAGCACUAUUUUACAUUUUGGCAAGUGAUGGCCAAGAUGAUCACCUUCUGGAUUCACCUACUUCCAUUAGCUUUCUACUUAAAUUAUUGAAACCACCCCUUGCUAAUACUGUGGAGAACAAAGCACCGACCAUUGGUUGUAAGCUUCUAGCACUACGCAAGGAUCCAGUCAUACUGAGAGAUACAACCAAAAAAUUAGAUUCUAGCUCCAGUGCUGUCAUUUCAAAAGUAGAGGAAAUUCUCUUGAGCUGCAAGGAGAUAAAUUCGUGCAAUGGGGACAAUGAAGGAAUGGGGAGGCCAGAGUUAAGCCCAAAAUGGAUAGCUUUGUUGACAAUGGAGAAGGCAUGCUUAUCUACCGUUUCACUUGAAGAUACAUCUGGUACUAUAAGAAGGGUUGGAGGAAAUUUCAAGGAAAGAUUACGAGAACUUGGAGGACUAGAUGCUGUCUUUGAUGUCACUGUGAAUUGCCAUUCCACCAUGGAGAGAUUGUUAAAAUCUAGCUCGCCCUCCAUUCGGGAAUUAAAAGAUGAUGCAGCUUUGGAAAGUGUGGUUUUGCUCCUAAAAUGUUUGAAAAUCAUGGAGAACGCUACGUUCCUAAGCAAGGAUAACCAGGAUCAUUUGCUUGGGAUGAGAGAAAAGUUGGUUUGUGAGGGAUCCUCUCUGUCAUUUGCAGGACUCAUUAUAAGUGUCAUAAAAAUUCUUUCAGGUCUCUCUUUGUUACAGAGUUCUUCCUCCAAUUCCAAUGAUGCGAAGUCUCAGCAUGUUUCUGAUGGGACAAGUGGAGCUUCAGAAAUUCCAUUAAGAGAAGUCUAUGGAGUUGACCGAAAUAGCACUUCAUCCUGCAAUUCUUCUAAAGAAUGUUGUAGCAUGGACAAUUCAUCUUCUCUUAAGAGCUUCAGAUUACCUCAAAAACAUCAAUUGCUACCUCCUUCACAGUCAGAGUUAUCUAUAUCUAAUUCUGAAACCACCACUGCAUCUCCGGCUGAUGUUUGUUCAAUAAAGAAGUUUGACAGUUCUUCAGCAUCAGGUUCAUAUGAUAAGAUAUCAAGGGCUUUAAAUGGUGGAUUUUCUGUAAAUUCCAACAGAUCAAAGAUGAAUAUUGGCCUAAGUAAGAGAGCUACUAAUACGACUGAAGAUAUGAACUAUGGAAGUAACAAAGACUGCCAAGAUCCAUUUGCAUUUGAUGAAGACGAACUGAAACCCUCAAAGUGGGAGUUAUUAUCAAUGAGAAAAAAGGCUUCUCGAGUUCCAAAAAGCAAGAUGGCGGUUAGAGAAAUUGAGGAUGGGUGUGAACCCCUAAUAGUGUCGAGUCAACAUGGAUCAAAUAAUGGAGAAAAUCAUCAUGAUUGUGACAUCUCUUUUUCAUCUUCAGUUAGAGAAAAAAAUUCUAACCUUCUGGAGGAUUGCCUUCUUAGUGCUGUUAAGGUUCUGAUGAACUUAACAAAUGACAAUUCUGUAGGCUGUAAACAAAUUGCUGCUUCUGGAGGAUUGGAAACUAUGUCUUCUUUGAUAGUCUGCCAUUUCCCAGCAUUCAGCUCUUGCUCAUCUGAGUUCUGCCGACUUGAAGAGAAUAUUCUACCACCUAGAUUGAAUACUGAGCUCAAUCAUCAGAAUGAGAGACAUCUCACAGAUCAUGAGUUAGAUUUUCUUGUUGCUAUUUUGGGAUUGCUGGUAAACUUGGUUGAGAAGGAUAGCCAAAACAGAUCACAGCUUGCAGCAGCUAGUGUUUCAUUACCUAGCUCUAGAGGAUCAGAAGGGAAGGCAAAUAGUAGGGGUGUAAUUCCACUACUGUGCUCUAUCUUUUUGGCCAACCAAGGAGCUGGUGAGGCUGCUGGAGAAGGAAUACUAUUUCCAGGGAGCGAUGAGGCUGCUAUGCUGCAAGGAGAGCGUGAAGCUGAGAAGAUGAUCUUAGAGGCCUAUGCUGCUCUGCUUCUUGCAUUUCUUUCAACUGAAAGUAAGAAUGUGCGUAACACCAUUGCUGGCUGUCUCCCGGAUAACAACUUGAAAGUUCUCGUUCCUGUGUUGGAGAGAUUUGUGGCAUUCCAUCUGACACUAAACAUGAUUUCACCGGAAACGCACACAGCUGUAAGUGAAGUUAUUGAAUCAUGUAGGUGCCCUUGAGAGCAGGGAUUCUGUACAGGCUUUUCAUCUCCUGCUCAGACCUGAUUAACUGAUUGCUCUCCUACCACGCCGAGAGUUGAUUGGGGGUGAAUGGAAGCAGCACAAUAUAUUGAAUUUGACCACAGGUCUAUGUUGUAACUUGAUUCAUUGUUCUUUUUCCUUUUUUUUGUCCUUUUUGUUUUCUUUACAUUAUUUUCAGUUCUGUUUGACCAUCUCCGCACAGAAUGUUUCUCUUCCCGCUGGACGGAUGCUUGUAUACUAAAUAUUAUACGAAUCCCAAUUAUUCACCUUAGUGCAUCGCUUCUUUAGCCA